CUCUAAUUACAAUACUACAAAAGUGACUUGUUGCAUCACUUGCCCAUCACUUGUGAAUUUCUGCUUUUUGCAGCUGCCAUUCCUGCAGCGGAUGAGUUUGAGACACAUGGAGAACCUGCCUUUGCACCACCCAAGCCCUCCGGGGGCACAGAGACUUUCCUGGAAGCGCUGGCUUCUCUACUCACUCAUAGCUUUUUUGCUAUUCCUUUACUUCAGUGCCCUUCUGUUUACUCUUCUCUCUUCCAAGACUGUCAAUGAGACCUGCGUUGCUAAGUUUGGACCAUCACCUUCAAAAUGGCAAAUGGCAUCUGCUAAGCCUUCUUGCGUGAAAAAGAGAGCUGACUGGAAGCUGGAGAUACUUGAGAAAGGCUUGUAUGUAAUUUAUGGUCAAGUGGCUCCCAAUACAAGCUACAAGGAACCAGCUCCUUUUGAGGUGCGGCUACGUAAAAACGAAAACAUCAUACAAACUCUAACAGACAACACUAAGAUCCAAAAUGUAGGAGGGACGUAUGAAUUACAUGCUGGAGAUGUGAUAGACUUGAUCUUCAACUCUGAACAUCAGGUUCUAGAAAAUAGCACGUACUGGGGGAUCUUAAUGCUAGCAACCCCCCCACUUCAUUUCCUAGAGUCUUGACUCGGUCUCCUCCUUUCCUUCGGCACACGCGGAGAUGCUGGUGGGCGGGUUGGAGGAGGCAGAUUCUCAAUGCUUACAGUUUGUCUGGGCAUACAAAUCAACACAACAAACAGAACUGCUCUGCAUGUGAAUUUUCAUCUCUCCUGCUUAUCCGAAAGAGACCCAGAGGAAGGGCCAAAGACAUUUGGUUACCAGACAUUGGGUUGGCAAAGACACUACUCACACAUGACAAAAUGUAUAUGGGUGGCUAGAGGACAGAAGCUUUUCAAAGAGUCUUUGUCUAACCUUUGAGUCUCUGGGUGGAAUAAUGGGAAUCUUAUCAGUAUGCAGAAAGGAUUUAGGACAGUGGUCUGGCCUUGUUCUCAUAUUCCUGGGUCGUUUCACUUUUUCUUCCCAUUCUCCCAUGUUCUGAGACUCUCCUAAUAAAGAGUAGUGAGAUCAAUAGGGUGGCCACAGAUAUGUCAACAACACCCCACUUUAUUUAUGAUAAUUUUAGAAGAUAGAGAACACUCUAGGGAUCUAUUGAGACAGAGGCACAGGUUGCAGAGAAUGGAAUGCACUUUAUUUGGGAAUUUCCCUUGAUUUCAUCAUUCUUAGGAUACAGGGUGCUUUUUAAAGCCAGUAGGUCAAAGGGGUCAUUCUGCACAUUUAGCUAGGGCUUCACAAGAACUCACUAUCUGUGUUUGUAUCUAAACAUCGUCAAUGGUAAAGACAGAGUAAGCAUUAGUGUCACAAGAGCUCACCCCAGAAAUCGGUGCUACCCGUGCUGUAGAAUGUCACGUAAUGAUUUCAUAUU